UCUAUUUCUGUCAAGCGUUCACUUUUGGCGCUCGGUUGUUUAUUUUCGUUUUCACGUUAUCUCUUGAGUUUCGAUUUCUCGCAGCAGUUUAUUUCCGCGAUUUAAAGUAAAACUUGCCUAGAUCAUGGCUACGAUUGACCUGGAGGAUCCCGAUUUGGCGUUGGCUCGUGAACUGCAAGAGCAAUUCGAUCGUGAAGCGGUGGAAGUCAGUUCCGGCGAAGAAGAUGUCGCGAUCAACGUUUCCGACGACUACCAGCUUGCGGUUGAACUCCAGCAGUGCUACAAUCAAGAGGCGGUCGAACUAUCGGAUGAUGACGACGAUGUUUUGCUGGCCGUGGAAGAACCGGCAACAUCCGCGAAUGUGUCGAUUGGAACAUCAUCGAAGCGUAGAUCGGUGGUGGUUGAUGGCGACGCGGAUAACGAAGCUCGAUCUACGCCGGAAGUAAAGUUCUUUCGCGCGGAACGUGUCGAUUUGAACGCUUACGAGUACUUCAUCGAUGAACUGCAAACCUACGUGGAUCCGGAGAACAAUUUCGAGUGGAAAUUCGUCGAGGUCAUGCCGGAUCUUAAGGCGAUCUUCCAGCGGCUGGACGAGUUGCUGUUCCAGUCGCGUUUCAAAACAAAACGCUUCAAUGUGAUCUGGAGCCAAGGAAUCGGUCGGGAUUGUACGAAUCGGAACUUCAACGACGCCGACGGGCGGUACACAAUUGCACUGAAUGAGACAUUGCUCGCCCUUAGGCCGAGAAUCGAAAUCAUCAGUAUUCUGCUUCAUGAAAUGAUUCACGCUUACCUCAAGUUGGAAGGCGUAAAGGAGUCGAACAAUGGACAUGGAGCAAACUUUCGUAAAAUAAUGGUUUUCCUGAAUCGGAUGCUGCAGACAACCAUUUCGUUUAGUCACCGGUUGACGAACGCAAACACCCUCUGCCGAACACAGUGGUACCGUUGCACCGGAAUCUGCCACAACUACAAACCAUUUCACGGGCUGGUUCGGUCCGUUGAGGGCGAUCCUGGUCUGCAGAACGAAUGGUGGAAGGCUCACGCGGAAAAUUGCGGCGGAACGUUCUACAAACUGCACGAAAUGAGUCGAAUCGUUGACGGAGAGGUAUCCACUCGCUUUGCGGUCAAUGUGAAGUAUAUGAGGCCAAAGCGGGAGAACAUCCGUGGCCGGUUCAAGACGCGCCUACCGCCGAAGGAGUCGAUUGACCUGACCAGCGAUAAGCCGAAAGUUAUUCCAACGUUGACGGAAACAAUCUCUCUGGAUGACGAAGGUUCCACCACGGAGGACACCAAGGUGGCAGAUAAGUUCAUUCAAAACUUCAACCGUUCGGUGGCGUUGACGCGAGACACCUACGACAUGCAAUGUCCCAUCUGCCAGGAAAAGGUGAAGAGAAAGCUCUUUGGCGAUCACAUCGACGGCUGCAAGGGGAUCGUUCAGCAGCUCAACUGGAAGCGACCCGGGGCGAAGAUUGUUCAAGAUGGCACGGCGGAGCACCGUGUGGGCCUGCACGUUCCCUAUCAGCCCUCUGCCGAAGUGCGUAGAGCUGGAAGCAGCGAUGGAAGGCCUCUUGGCUCUUCCUCCACCAUUGGCGAUUACCAGCGGAUUAAGCGUCAGCGAUUCUUUUAAAUCUCAUUAGUUGUACUUCAUGGAGAAUUUUGUACUGUUUUAUUUUGUAUUGAUGUAUUUUCUUGAAAAUUACUGUUGAAGAUAGCCUCUCAUUCCAUUGAAAUAUAAAAUAAUUAG